UGUAAACAAGAAAGAUCAUAUUACAAAAUUGGAGAUGUCUGUGUUUGAUGCUAAUGGUUUCGCUUUAUCUGUGGCAUUCUUUGCUUGUCGUGCAAGUACUAACGUUGUGGAAGACUUUGUGUUCAUCUAUUUAAAGCAACUAGGCUAUAAUGCAUUUCACAUUGGUUUGGUUCCCAUGCUUGGUUUAAUGGCACAGUUGAUUGGCGUUUCCAUAUGUAGUUAUUUAUCAGACAGAUAUCGUUUGCGAAAGUGUAUGUUAUUUAUGGCUGUUCUUCUUUUGAUACCAACCAUAUUAUUACAUUUAAUUCCGCAAAUGACAAGAUUACAAUGCGAUGCAAAUGCAAGCCAAAAUACAACUCUCAACGUUCAAAAUAAAAUGCUGAAUUAUCUUGAAUAUAAGCAGCCAUCGACGCAAGGAAGAGUGAUGAUUAAAAACAAUUCAUUGGCUUUGCAAAUUACUAACAGGACCUCAUUUGAAAACAUAAGCAUCAAUUUAAAGAAUUACACCUUCUAUGGAAAAGAAGUGCAUGUUACAGUUGACAAUUUUAAGAAUUUGCGUUCAAAGAAGAACGUCUCAUUGUGGCAAGAGAACAAUGAAACUCAUAAGAAAAUGGAAAUUAGUCAUAAGGGUAUUCUGUUCAUGCUUGUUCUCGUCGGAAUCUUUCAGUUUCUAAAAAGACUAGUUGUUGUAAAACUUACUGUGGCAGCAAUUGAUCAUUUAAUGGAACAAAAAUCUAAAUUUGCAUUUUAUGAAGGAUGUGGUUCUUUUGGCUCUGGAAUAGCUGUUUUUUCCGUUGCAUAUCUUGCCGGUCAUUUUAAGCACUCGGUUUGUGGAGAACAAAAGCCAAGUUAUUAUUUUGCAUUUAUAGUUCCAGCUGGUUUGCAGUGCUUUGCUGUAUUGGCAGUACCAUGGCUGAAAAUUAAUUACCAGGAAAAGAUCAAAAGCAUUAGUUAUAAGGAAGCAAUAAAACCAUUAUUAGAUCAUAAAUGCAUUUUGCUCUUGCCAAUUUCUUUGCACGUGGGGGCUGCCACCAACUUUCUAUUUCGCUGGACAUAUUGGUUCAUGGAAAAACGUGGAGGAAACACAACAGCAAUGGGUGUCGAAGGAUUGAUAAGACGACCUAUAAUCGGAACUUUAUGGUACAUAGUCGCUGGUUAUAUUCUUGACGCAGUCGGAGAAUACGUUUCCGUGUUAAUUGCUCUUAUGCUUUUGACAAUUGGGUUUGCAUUCCUUGCACUUAUUGAGAACCCCUGGCUCGUAAUUCUCGCUGAUAAUUUUCAGUUUGCUGCUUUUGCAAUUUUCCUAUCAGCUCUUGUGGUGAAUUUUUCAAACGUCGGACCAGAAGAACUUUCCACAUUCUAUCAAGGAGUGGCAAAUCUUACUUUUAAUGGCGUUGGUAAAGAUAUCGGUUCAUUGAUGACUGGCUAUUUUUUAAACGAAUAUGGCAUCAAGAAAACUUUGUUCGGGAUAUCUGUUGUCUCUCUUAUAUUCUUUGCUGUAUUUGCAAUUUACGCUUCAACAAGUGCUUAUGACUACAAACGUUUAGGAAUACAAGAGGGAGUAGAUAGCGACGAUGAGAUAGGGAAGCCUGAUUGAAACUAUGGUUACUAUUGUAAUGAAACAUAAUUUUGUUGAUAUGAAAACAACAUACAUGCCGUUCUUUUUUUUAUUCCUCUUGUAAUUCAAAAGAUGAGAAGAUUGAUUCAACUAUUUAAUUGGUUUAGUCAUACGGAGAUCUUUGCUUUUUGUCUGUUAGAGGUUUUUGGCGUUGUUUAAAACUUUUGACACAUCAAAACGUGGUUGUUGAUAACGUGCUUGAUCUUAAGAAGAGAAAAGCACGUUGUCAGGCAUUGAUCUUUGAUUUUAGCAAUAAAAGUUUUCAUCGAAAGUUUGUCUGAAGGAUGCAUUUGUACUGUUUUCUUUUAUAAUAAAAUAUGAGCAUUAA